GAUCCCAGAUCAGUGUCUGUUUCGGUGUCACGCCAUCCCCCCACCGCGCAGCUAGGCGCGCGCGAGCCUCGCGAUAGCCUCGCCUACCAGAAUCAAAGCUCCGCUCGCGAACUGGAUGCUGACAGGCGCGCGUGCGGUCAUCAUGCAAAGGUUACGUUGGAUCGGUUUCAACGAGUCUCGAAAGAAGCCGCUCCUCCGCAGGACCCGCACGGAGCACAAAAUGCGAGACGUCUAGCGACUCCGACAGCCACGGAGUCACUCACGUUUACCGGCCCGUUUGGCGACGGCAGGUGUCAAGAACCAUGAACGCGAGUUCGGGAUUUCCGCGAACGGCAGUGUGUACGCUGGCUCCUCACGGCGGUAAAGUGGCUUCAUGAGUGUCCAAAGUAACAGUGGAAGUGGUGGUGGAAGUUUGGAGGCGACGCCAUCUUGGUCGCAGCUCUCCUCGUCCCCAACGAUUUCUCAACCACAAAUAACGGCGACCGCAAAGAGCAAGGAAGGCCCAAUGGAGGAGCUGCACAGCCUGGACCCCAGGAGACAGGAGCUGCUGGAGGCCAGGUUUACAGGAGCUGUCAGCGGCAACACGGGAGGCAGCACUGGGAGCAUGAGCGGCGGUGCUAAGGGUCUGGCUAAUGAAUCCUCUAACCACAGCUAUGGAAGUCUGGGAUCAUCUAGUGACAAAGAGUCAGAGAACUCUGAUUUGAAAAGAGGGAGCUCUCCUGCCUACUCAACUCCGGAGAAGAAGCACUCUGAGUCGUCCAGAGGGAGAAAAAGGAAAGCUGAUACCUAUUCAGAGAGUAGUCAAGGAAAGACCUCGACACGUGGGCCCAAGAUCAGUGACUAUUUUGAUUUCCAGGGUGGAAAUGGUUCCAGUCCAGUCAGAGGUCUCCCAUCAGUUCGCCGCUCUCCGCAGAACUCACACUCUGCCCCAGGCUCCAUCAUCCGGCAGAAUAGCUCCUCACCUACUAGUCUGUGCUUUGGAGAGCACAAUCUCAAAGCUUCCUCAAGCAAAUGUGUCCAGACUGAACUGACGGGCCUAAAACUCGCUGCCCUGGAGAGCAACAAAAGUUUGGACCUGGAAAAGAAAGAAGGGCGAAUAGAUGACCUGCUCAGGGCUAACUGUGACCUGCGACGGCAGAUUGAUGAACAGCAAAAACUCCUGGAGAAAUACAAGGAGAGACUCAACAAGUGCAUCACCAUGAGCAAGAAGCUGCUCAUAGAAAAGAGCACUCAGGAGAAGCAGUCAUGUCGCGAGAAGAGCAUGCAGGAUCGCCUCCGUCUCGGCCACUUCACCACCGUCAGACACGGAGCAUCCUACACGGAGCAGUGGACUGACGGAUACGCAUUCCAGAACCUGAUCAAGCAGCAGGAGGGCAUCAACCAGCAGAGAGAGGACAUAGAGCGCCAAAGGAAGCUGCUGGCAAAGAGGAAGCCUCCAAACCCUGCAGCUCCCUCCCUCUCUGUGGCCUCCGCAUCUGAGCCCAAGCAGCGCAAAACGAAGGUGGUUAACGGCAACGAUUCUGACCCCUUCCUGAAACCCUCCUUGCCCCAGCUACUGACCCUCGCUGAGUACCACGAGCAGGAAGAAAUUUUUAAGCUCCGCCUUGGACAUCUGAAGAAGGAGGAGGCAGAGAUCCAAGCAGAGCUGGAGCGGUUGGAGAGGGUGAGGAACCUUCAUAUCAGAGAGCUGAAGAGGAUAAACAACGAGGACAGCUCAGCAUUUAAAGACCAUCCCACCCUGAAUGAGAGGUACCUUCUGUUGCACCUGCUGGGCAGGGGCGGCUUCAGUGAAGUCUAUAAGGCCUUUGACCUGUUUGAGCAGCGCUAUGCUGCUGUUAAAAUCCACCAGCUCAACAAGAACUGGAGAGAGGAGAAAAAGGAGAACUACCACAAGCAUGCAUGCAGGGAGUACCGGAUACACAAGCAGCUGGACCAUCCCAGAAUAGUCAAAUUGUAUGACUAUUUUUCCCUGGAUACUGACACGUUCUGCACGGUGUUGGAGUUCUGUGAAGGAAAUGACCUGGACUUCUACCUGAAACAAAACAAGCUAAUGUCAGAGAAAGAGGCACGCUCCAUUGUCAUGCAAAUUGUCAGCGCGUUGCGCUACCUCAAUGAAAUCAAACCCCCCAUCAUCCACUACGACCUGAAACCUGGUAACAUCUUGCUGGUGGAUGGUACAGCAUGUGGAGAAAUCAAAAUCACAGACUUUGGCCUGUCCAAGAUAAUGGACGAUGACAACUAUGGUGUUGAUGGCAUGGAUCUCACAUCACAGGGAGCGGGCACCUACUGGUACCUUCCUCCAGAGUGCUUUGUGGUGGGGAAGGAACCACCUAAGAUCUCCAAUAAGGUGGAUGUCUGGUCUGUGGGAGUGAUCUUCUUCCAGUGCCUCUAUGGACGCAAGCCGUUUGGUCACAAUCAGUCACAGCAGGACAUCCUCCAGGAAAACACCAUCCUCAAAGCCACAGAGGUCCAGUUCCCAGCGAAACCACAGGCCAGCACAGAGGCAAAGGCGUUUAUCCGCCGCUGUCUGGCCUAUCGCAAGGAGGAUAGGUACGACGUUCACCAGCUGUGCUCAGACACCUACCUCCUCCCUCACAUGAGACGCUCAAACUCCUCCGGCUCUCUGCAGCCCUCCGCCUCAUCUCUUCCCACCUACUGACUAACAUUCUGAUGGGACCGUCUGGCCAGUCUUGAGGCAGGAAUGUUCAUCGAUUAGUAGAUGUGGAUCUUUGUUUUUUCUUUUUCUCCACCUGAGCUGUUGCUAAAAUGGAUACAUUAGCAACAGAACAGGAGAAAAGAUGGAAAAAUGAGAGGAAGUAAAGGCUGAUCAUGCUCUUGAACUCAAUUACGUGAGAGAGGAGACGGAGCAUAAAGCGAAGGAAUAGAUGGGGAGAAGAGCGGAAAGCAGACGACGACGAUGAAUCUAGAGGAUUUGUUUAAGGAAUUAACUCCUUAAAAGACAUUAAAUGACCUGCUCCCUUCUCGUAGCUCUAUAUACAUCUACAUGUAGACACGCACGUAAUAAAACACCUCAUGAGGUGGCUAAAACUCACGUCAACAUAACGCUGCAGUUACAGUCUCGAUGCUAAUGAGGGCGCUGACCAGCAGGGGUCAGAAGAUGGGGGUUAACGGACACGCAGAGGAGGCACCGGUGUUUGAGGCGACCUGCAAUUCAUUUUAAUGAGACGCCCGAAUGACUUUACCUGUAGCCUCCUAUCUGCACCCCACAGGGAUUAACUUAAAAAGUGAUCUGAGACGAGGACUCUGAAGUGACCACGUAACCUUUAUCAGACUUGAUGUUUAAAAACAAAAAAAAGGAAAAAAAUUACAUAUUUCUGGAUUCAGUUUGCGUUUCCAAUCCAGAUUACCUUCAUCUGGUCUCCUAGCUGGCUUUUAGCACUGCAAUGUGGGCUUUAUUCCCGCUUCAUCAAAUUUCACUUCCA